AUUUCUUCACCUGCAACAGAAUUCCCCAACCCACCAAGAAUUUGAGACCCAUCAGCUAUCCUCACCUGGUUUUGCCAGCCGGUUGAAGCCAUUCCUGGGAUUGUGGCCCCUGUUGCAUGCUGACAGCUUCUGGAAGCCACAGUUCUCUUCCUUGAAACCAAAACAGGAUUCCCUUUCCUCCCACUCUGAAGAAGGAGAUGGAGAAGGCAGUCAGAACUCCAGGGGAUGGGUCACCUCCCCCCCCCAUUAGGAAUAGAAAUUAAAAUGUGUGAAAUGUGGACUAUGUUCAUUGAAUGAGCACACAUAGUUCACAUCAAUGACCUCCAACAGGGGAGAAACCAUUUAAAGGUAUGGAGUGUGGGAAACGUUUCACUGAUAGUGGAAACCUUAGAACACAUCAGGGGACUCACACAGGGGAGAAACCAUUUAAAUGCCUGGAGUGCGGAAAGACCUUUACUGGUAAUGGAAACCUUAGAAGACAUCAACGGACUCACACAGGGGAGAAACCAUAUAAAUGCCUGGAGUGCGGAAUGUGCUUCAGUGAGAAUGGAAACCUUAAAUUACACCAGCGGAUUCACACAGGGGAGAAACCAUAUAAAUGUAUAGAGUGCGGAAUGAGCUUCAGUCAGAAUGGACACCUUAGAUCCCAUCAACGGACUCACACAGGGGAGAAACCAUUUAAAUGCCUGGAGUGCGGAAAGUGCUUCAGUCAGAAUGGAGACCUUAAAUUACACCAGCGGAUUCACACAGGGGAGAAACCAUAUAAAUGUAUAGAGUGCGGAAAGUGCUUCAGUCGUAAUGGAUACUUUAAAUUACACCAGCAGACUCACACAGGGGAGAAACCAUAUAAAUGUAUAGAGUGCGGAAUGAGCUUUAGUGUUAAUGGAAGCCUUAGAAGACAUCAACGGACUCACACAGGGGAGAAACCAUAUAAAUGUAUAGAGUGCGGAAUGAGCUUCAGUGAUAAUGGAAACCUUAGAAGACAUCAACGGACUCACACAGGGGAGAAACAAUAUAAAUGUAUAGAGUGCGGAAUGAGAUUUAGUGAUAAUGGAAGCCUUAGAAGACAUCAACGGACUCACACAGGGGAGAAACCAUAUAAAUGUAUAGAGUGUGGAAAGAGCUUUAGUGAUAAUGGAAACCUUAGAGGACAUCAACGGACUCACACAGGGGAGAAACCAUUUAAAUGCCUGGAGUGUGGAAAGUGCUUCAGUAGUAAUGGAUACUUUAAAUUACACCAGCGGACUCACACAGGGGAGAAACCAUAUAAAUGUAUAGAGUGUGGAAAGAGCUUUAGUGAUAAUGGAUACUUUAAAUUACACCAGCGGACUCACACAGGGGAGAAACCAUAUAAAUGUAUAGAGUGCGGAAUGAGCUUCAGUGAUAAUGGAAACCUUAGAAGACAUCAACGGACUCACACAGGGGAGAAACAAUAUAAAUGUAUAGAGUGCGGAAUGAGAUUUAGUGAUAAUGGAAGCCUUAGAAGACAUCAACGGACUCACACAGGGGAGAAACCAUAUAAAUGUAUAGAGUGUGGAAAGAGCUUUAGUGAUAAUGGAAGCCUUAGAAGACAUCAACAGACUCACACAGGGGAGAAACCAUAUAAAUGUAUAGAGUGUGGAAAGAGCUUUAGUGAUAAUGGAAACCUUAGAGGACAUCAACGGACUCACACAGGGGAGAAACCAUUUAAAUGCAUGGAGUGUGAAAAGAGCUUCAGUCAGAGUGGAACCCUUAGAAGACAUCAGCAGACACACAGCGGAGAAACCAUUUAAAUGUAUGGACUGUGGAAGGAGCUUCAGUCAGAGAGGAACCCUUGAUUUAUGUCAACAAACUCACACAAAACACAAACCUUAUAAAUAUCAGGAAAGUAGAUAGAGGUUGAGUCCUAGUGGAAGUUCUAAAUCAACAGACUCAAGACA